AUUGAUAUUACGACUUUACUUUUGGGUUUGUUAAAGUAUAUUUCUACGCAUCUUCCGGACGGUCUCAAUCCAAUAAAUGGCGGAGUGUGUGAAUGACAGCGAUGAAGACAGCAGAAUCGCAUACGGAGACUAUGUAGUGCUGAAGAGAGGAGAAGUCUUUAAAUCUGUCCAGGUGGAGAAUAAAAAGAAAGUGAUUUUUGAGAAGCAGUGGUUUUUCAUGGACAAUGCUGUCGGUCAGCUGUAUGGGACCAUGUUUGAGAUCGUAGCCGGCGGUUCACUGAAACACAAGCCUGUAAAACGUGCUGGAGACUCGUUAGAUUCUAAAGAAGCAGGCCAGGAUAACAGGCAUAUAGUGGAUGAUGGCAGAUCUCAGAAACUCACCAGAGAUGAUAUCGAAACGCUGAAAGAGCAGGGGCUAAAGGGACAGGAAAUUGUUCAGCAGCUUAUAGACAACAGCACAACAUUCAAGGACAAAACUGAGUUUGCUCAGGAGAAAUACAUCAAGAAGAAAAAGAAAAAGUACGAAAGUGAUAUAACGGUCUUAAAACCCUCCACUCGUCUUCUGGCGAUGAUGUACCACGGCAGAGAGCCUGGAAAAAUAUGUCAUCUGCGAUACGACACGUUGGCUCAGAUGUUGACUCUGGGUAACAUCCACGCCGGCAGUAAAAUCAUAGUGUUUGAGACGUGUGCUGGACUGGUGUUGGGCUCAGUCAUGGAGAGAAUGGGAGGCUUUGGUUCGGUGAUUCAGAUGUUUCCCGGCGGAGGACCGACGAGAGCUGGCAUGGAGAGCUUCGGCUUCCCCUCACACUUCCACCAGACGCUGCACGAGUUUCCUUUAUGCAAAGUGAACGCUGUGCUGGCGGGAAAGCUGGACCUGUCGGAGAAAGACACCGAAAACAGUCGAUCUGAGGAAACAGCAGCUGAGAAAAACUCUGAGGCUCAGAGUAUGGAGAUUAGCCUCGACCCACAAGAACAGAUGAGGAUAGCUGAGAGAGACAGACUCCGAGAACUCAGGGCUCAAGAGAAGAAAGUGAAGAUGGAGGAGAAGAGGAAGAAGCUGGCGUCAGCUGCUGCUCUGCUGCAGGACAGAAAUGCAGAUGGGUUGGUUAUUGCCAGUCGGUUUCAUCCGUGUCCGGUAUUAAUGGGUCUGCUCAAAUUUGUAGCUCCAUCACGGCCGUUUGUAGUCUACUGCCAGUACAGAGAGCCGCUGAUCGAGUGCUACAAUAAGCUCCGGGAACAAGGAGGAGUAAUCAAUCUCAGACUAACUGAUUCCUGGCUCAGGCAUUAUCAGGUGCUGCCCAACCGGACUCAUCCAGUGCUGCUGAUGAGCGGAGGUGGAGGAUAUCUGCUGUCCGGAACCACAGUCGACGCAGGCACUGCCAAAACCAAAAAUCCACACAAAUCAGAAGAGCCCGACGCCAAGAGGCUGAAACUGGAGGAGAAGGCUUCAUCAUGUGACAGCUCCGUCUAGUUCACUUUAACUUAUUUAAGGGAGAACCUAACUAAAUCAGCGUAGACUCGCACGUUUAGCCAGUGCUUUAUUCUCUGUAUGAGUUGCACGACUUUAUUAUUUAAAGUCUGUUAUGUAC